AUGGGUCUUGACAUGAAUAAGGGUCAUUUACGAGAAGCACUGAUGUUGCCAAACAAACAUCAUGUGAAAUGGGAAGGUGAACAUGCUCCUCUUCAUAAGUUAUUUGGGAAGAAAAUGUCCCAUAUACGAUUGAACAUUUUCACCAAGAAGCUGGUUGUCUACGUAGGUUGUCCCAUGUGGAGCAAGAGACAACUGACAAAUUAG